AUUAUCUUGAGGUUUUUUCUGAACCUUUAAAUUUUCCAGCUAAUAAAAGAACUAUUCAACAUAAUGAAUUGCCCUCGGUGGCAAACGAACUGUUAGUGACAUUUCAAUUGAAUCUUUGGAGACAUGAUCAAGGUUGGGCACCUAUUUUUCAUAAAGGUAAAAUUAGUUAG